GAGUGAAGAAAACGAGAGUUAACGUGCAGGAAUAAAGUACAAGCGUUCGGUUACGGCUGUGUUAUGCCUGUUAUUAACCUAACCUCGAGCAAUGACAGUGGGACGCGGUGAGCAAAAGGAAAACAACACGAGAGCCGAGUAACGAAGAACCACUGUGCGUUAGGUUCUGUGGACGCGUGUGUGUGAGCUCGCAUGAGUAGCGAUCAACGGUGACAAGUGUUCCGUCGACGGGGAAACUUGGCCUUAUCCCCGCGUCGACCAAGAAGAUGAUAUUACGGGCAUCGAGGUAUCGCCGUGCGUACGUCGAUCGCGAUCCUCGUGCCGCUGUUUACUGUCGUCGCCAUUGAGCCUUGCCGCCGCUUUCGCGAAAAUCGCUUUUUUUCGCGAGAGGAGCGUGGAGAGGCCGUGGACGGGACAACAACGACGACGACGACGACGACGACGACACGCGACACAACGGCGACGAAAAGCUGAGGGAAGAUGAGAGGCGCGUGCGACGGCGGCAUUGCGAGCUUUCUCGCUCUGGCGCUCCUCUGUUUAUUCCACACGUCAUGCCUUGUGGACGGACUGCUGAAGUGUCAUUGCGACAUUUGCACGGAAACCAAUCACACGUGCGAAACCGAUGGCUAUUGUUUUGCUAGCACCAGCUUGGAGAAUGAUGUUAUCACAUACGCUCGGAGGUGUUACGAUAAGGCGGGCUUCUUCCCGACGGCCGAGUACUCGGUCUGGUGCAGCACGAAUAGCACGCUACGCGGUCCAGGUGACGUGGAGUACGUGGUCGCCUGCUGCGACCACGCCGACUACUGCAAUCGCGACCUAAGGCCCUCUUUUCUCCCUCGCGCGGAUAGAGGUGGGCCGUACUCUCGAAUCACCGAUUACCUCGGACGAGUGUCGCCGGGUGGCGAUGACGCAACGUGGGUCACUUGGAAAAUGGCCCUGACGAUAGCGAUACCGAUAUGUGCGAUCUGCGUGGUUGUUAUGAUCAUUUAUCAUAUACACAUGACCAAGACGAGGCCUGGGGGCCAUUUCCCUGACGACUCGCUCGAGGCGCCCGAUCGACCCAUCCUGGGUGGUGUCACCAUCAAGGACAUGCUGGAGAUGACGACAAGUGGCAGUGGCUCAGUAGGCCUGCCGCUCCUGGUACAGCGGAGCAUAGCACGCCAGAUACAACUCGUGGAGACGAUCGGUAAGGGUCGCUUCGGCGAGGUCUGGCGUGGCCGUUGGAGGGGUGAGAACGUCGCAGUGAAGAUCUUCAGCUCCCGCGAGGAGAGGUCUUGGUUCAGGGAGGCCGAAAUUUAUCAGACGGUGAUGCUGAGGCACGACAAUAUCCUCGGAUUCAUCGCUGCCGAUAACAAAGACAACGGCACCUGGACUCAAUUAUGGCUGAUCACGGAUUACUUCGAGAAGGGUUCGUUGUUCGAUUAUCUGAACAGAUCUACCGUGGACACGAACGGCAUGAUCAGAAUGGCGUUGUCCAUCGCCACUGGACUGGCGCAUCUUCACAUGGAGAUCGUCGGCACGCAAGGGAAGCCAGCGAUCGCUCACAGGGAUCUCAAGUCGAAGAACAUCCUCGUGAAGACCAAUGGUACGUGUGCCAUUGGUGACCUUGGACUGGCCGUCAGACACGACGUGAUAACGGACACUGUCGAUAUCCAGCUCAACAACCGAGUGGGAACCAAGCGAUACAUGGCACCUGAGGUUCUCGAAGAGACGAUAAACAUGAACCACUUUGAUUCCUUCAAGAGGGCUGACGUGUACGCUCUCGGGCUGAUCCUCUGGGAGAUCGCCAGGCGAUGCAACGUCGGCGGGAUCCACGACGAAUAUCAGUUACCGUUUUACGACUUGGUGCCUUCUGAUCCAACGAUCGAGGAGAUGCGCAAAGUUGUGUGCACCGACAAACAGAGGCCGUCGAUACCGAAUCGGUGGCAGUCGAUCGAUGCAUUGCAGGUGAUGUCGAAGGUGAUGAAGGAGUGUUGGUACCACAACGCGGCAGCUAGGCUAACCGCCCUUAGGAUUAAAAAGUCUCUCGCCAAUUACGGCGCGAUGGAAGACUUGAAGUAAAAAUAAAGACGUUAUCGGAACGCACCAGUCCGUUCGACUGGUCGCCGAACACGACGAAGAGAAUUAUAGUGCCCGAAAAACACACGUGGACACUCGUGCCGUAACACUUAUCGCAAUAAAACUGUUCAAGUGUCGUGUUAUCGCGCACCCGCGAGAAGUAGAGGUAUAUAUAUAGAACGAUAGAGAAUCAGAAAAUAAUGAAAAUGGGAAACUGGUACGAAACGGGAAUUCUAUAGCGAAGCAGAGAGCCUAACGAAAGACUGGUCGAGAAAUCGAGACGACGUUCCUUUAAUCGCGUUGAUUUCGUCGAGUCGUGCCCUAAUUUUGUGUAUCAAACCCUUUACGAGAUCGUGGAAUUGUUCUGUGAGGUCGUGUUGUCGGUGUACUCGAUGAGAAUUUUUGUUUCACAACGUUUGGACGAGCAAUGACUGACGGGAUAUACGAACAGGGUCGGCGGAGAUCGGAGAUGGGCGAAAUUCUUUUAAGGAUGUCGAAUAAUGAAGGACAUAUGAAUAAUUUAUUGUUCGCUACUAGUUGAACAGACUUCACAAUUUGUACAUGAAAUGUCUCUACUGCUUUUAAUGAUCGGAAGAUGUGUCGAAGUGGAAAAUGUUUGGUUUAGAAGACUCUGACAUUUACAUUUAGUGAAUCUUUGCUAGAGACAAAACAUUUUUGUACAUUUAUAAAUUUUUUAAGAAUAAUUUCUUAGAAGGCCAUCCUCAGGUAUGUUAUACCUAUAUAUUAUACCUGUUUGAAUUUAUCUUUUUAUUAUUACAACAAUGAAAAUACACUGGAAUAAUUUGUCUAUCUCUCUCUAAACCAGACAUUGUCCUCUUGUAACAUAACUCCGUAUCAUUAAAAGUAACGAAGAUAUUUUAGGUACAAAGUUUGAAAGAUUCACCCCAUAUAUCACACAUUGAACAAACAAAAAUCACAGUGGACCUAUUCAAUCGAAUGAAUGUCUUAAACAUGUAUUAUUCUCAAGAAAUUUUGCCCAUCUCCGUUUGGGGAUCUUUCAAAUGGAACAUUGAACUUCUGGUUGCUCGAUCGAUCGAUCGAUCCUAACCGGGAAUGAGCGCGCGCGUACGCGUUCGGUUAAUCGAACGGUCCACGCCUGGUCACGCGUCACACUACUGCUGUAUAUUUAUUGAUAGUAAACGAUAAGGUAAUGAAGUAUAUAAAUUUAUUAUAUAGCGACGUUUAUUGAGUAAUAUUAACGAUUAACGAUAAAUUUGUAUAUUAAUAUAUACACACGUAUAAUUAUGUAUAUUCGUUAUCGGCCAAACCGAUUCGAUUAACUGAACUGAUUUGUAUUCUUUAAGAGGUUUACCAGAGGAGGUUUCCAUUCCAUUAAUCACGAUUAUACGUAAAAUUGGCGAAACGAACGAAUCGAUCGACGCUCCAGGGGAUUCGCUCUCCGCCCCGCGACAUUUUGAUUUCGUACACCUUUGGAUCAAUUCAAGAGAGAUUAUAUAGAGAAGAAAAGUCAGUGGAAAAAGCGAAUAAGAGAAAAAGAGAGCACACGCCUGUUCUUCUCUAAUAACGCGUGCUCAUUAAUCCUUAGCAGUCCAAAUUUUAUGAUUUCAGGACAGUUCUGUCGAGUCUCACUCGACAUAGGACAACAAAGGGUUAAGAAACUUUGGUGUUCCUGUUCAUUUAUUUGUUGAGGGUGCCUAGCUCGCGAUUGGCUAUAACAGCUAAAGAAACUUUAGUGGGAGAGAAUACGAAUUGAGAAGAAAUGUCGAGAAAUGUGAGUUCGCUCAUCAAGUCUUAAAAUUCUGAUGCCCAUCAAAACAUAGAAACAGAGAUACUUUCUCCAUUUGUUCUCUCUUUCUACGCACUACCUCCACUUAGGCUCCAAUGACUCUACUCUGUCUAUAUGAUCUCUCUGAUCGAUCCACAAGGAUGGCCUCCACGUCAGGGUUUUUUACUGUAACGUAUUCUCCUCUUCUUUCUUUUUUCUACAUUUUCGUCAAUGUAGAUUCGUCGCUACCGGUGCGCGCAGAGACUGGACCUUUUUAUUCAACUUUUGUUGGGAGUAUAUACCGUAGACCGUGUUACAAGAGAAAUGCAUAACUUUGUUUCUCGUUCUUUCGCGACUGCAGGAUCGAGUUCGUCGAUUCUGUAAACAUACAGGGUAGAUAGAGAGAAACCGAGCAAUUGUGGUUACCGAGUACGUAAGUGGCCGAGGACAGUGAAGAACACAGACACACGUGGCUUUUGUUCGAAAGGUACCAAGAUCGUACGAACGCUGACCUGAACUUUUUUUUUCUAAAAAAAAAAGAAGAAAAGAAAACGAAAAAGAAAAAAAAUAAAUGAAUGCAACCGUUGCUUUUCGACCCCCGUGAAAGCGCAAUUUUCACACGUAUCACCUUUCCGGACGCUAAGUUUCUACUCGAGGUUUUUACAACAACGAAGUUUACUCCGCGACUUCCGGGCUUGAUUUUUUAAACGAACCGCGUCACGUCUAAUGUAUACAUAUUGUUAGUCUGUAGACAUACCCAGAUGUUUUGCUCAAGACAAAAUAUUUUUGCGUAUCGUAAAUGCGCGUGUUGAAAGGCGGUGCGUCAUGAUAACGCGGGACUUUUCGAAGCGUGUUUCCUUUGUAACACAGGAAGGCUGAAAUUGAAGGGUGCUAAGCUCAAGAAUGAAUGUAUACGGUGUAUCGCGUGAUAGAGAGAGAUAGAUUGAUUGCGUGAAACGUGGAAGAGAGUGAGACAAGACAGACUGAACUUGCGACUGAACGAUAUAGCGAGACUGUGUAAAAAAAAGAUUUAAGAAGAAACUAAAGAAAAAAAAAAUAACUCGAGACGAAAACGAAUCGACGGGGAAGAAGAAACAUUGGAGAAACUAUAUUUUCGGGGAUUUUUUCACGGAUUCACGGAUGAGAAGGAAGAUGCGAGGAGAGAUGGAAUGCUGAUAACGGGUGAGUUUUGAUUACGAAUGCGUGCUUCUCGUGAGCAUUCUCAACCUUUUUUUUUUUUAUGGUAUUCCCGUAAUUAAUACUUUAUACGUUUUUAUUUGAUAAAAAAUGGAUAAUUCUGUUUGGUUAUUUAAGCAAAUUGUUGUUCGGGGAGAGAUGUGUUUAAAUGUAAAUGUUUUUUAUACGCCAUGGUCACCUACAGGUGGAGGCUUAGUAAGUCAUAUCUUGGAAAAAUUAAUAUGAAUUACAGAGAAUACAAAAUUGGACAUGAUAUAACACGGGGUGCAAGAAAAUAACAAAUUCGAGAAGGCUCAUAAAAGAUACAGAUGUAUAAACAUCCAUAGAAACAUUAUUAAUACGUUAGGCGUCUGUAUGACGCGGUUUGAGGCACACUUAUUAAAAGAAAAAUCGAACUAACAUCACUAAAUAACACGGUUUGUUUGGUAUAAAAUGAUUCACUAACUCAGAAUACAUUCUUAAGACACUAUACAACGAGAAUUUUCCUUGUAUAAUACAAACAAAUUAUACAUUCUCGAGAAUCGCGUUAUAUCAUGAUAGUCGUACCAAUAUUUGAACUUCAGUCUUACGAGCCAAUGACUUAUCUUAAGUUUGCCAAUUAAUAUUAAUAGGAUCGCUAUUGCUUGUAUACGUACAUUUAACGUCAUCGUAUUAGUAUUAUAUAUAAUAUGAUAUAAUGAUAUAUGUAACUGUAUAAUCAUUAUACAUAAUAUAAUGUAAUAUAACGAUAUGUGUAAUGUUACAUAUGUAAUUACACGAUCAUUAUAUAAUAUACGAUAUCAUUAUAUGACUAUAUGACCUUGACAAGCUGUUCAACGAAUACCAUCUCGAACUAAAAACAGAAUUACGUAUAAUGUUUACAUUUGAACACGUAUCUUCCCGAAUAAUAACAAUUUGCUGAAAAUAAACGGUGGUGAACGCUAGUCGACAAGGCACGCAUUCUCGAGUGUUGCGGUCUCGCGUGAGGAAUAGCAGUCGUUAGUCGACGGAGUUGCGUACGUGUGACGAGCUAGUUUGGCAGAGGUGGACAAAAAGCUUAUCGAGACGCGAGUGUUGAAUAACGAAUAAAAAAUAAGGAGAUUUUUACGCAUCGUUUGUUCCAUAAAAUAAUAAUAAUAAUAUUAAAAAAAAAAAAGAAAGAUAAAUUCCAAAGUGUAAAAUUUAAAUAUAGUUCACGUUGAGCGAAUAGAAAUUUAGUCGUGUAACCGUUCGAUCGAAUAAACGUUGCGUGGAGAUUGCUGUACAGCGUUCUUUAUUCGUUAUCUGUUAUACGAAUGAAAUUUCGCCCAUCUCUGGUAGUCGGGAAUGCGAGAAUUUUCGUAUGGUAUGUCUCUCUGCGAAGCUUGUUUGUUUUUUUUGGGCGGCUUAUGUUCUCGCCCCAAGGACGUUAAAUCGAUAACAUUAUGAUAAGGGGGAUUGUAUCCUCGACGAAGUGUUUAGGCGUAUCACGAGGAGGUAGAUUUCGUGGUUAGAGAGCGAGCACGAAGGAACGAUAGAAAUGAAAAUGCAGAUUGCCUGAGAGAGAACCGGGAAGAAGAGAAGAGAAAGAAUCUUUGUCAUCCAAUAGUCAACGUAAAAGUCUGCGAACUUACAAUUAUUAUUAUAUAAAGGAACGGAGGGUCCUUCGAACACAUAAUUGUAUUUUUAUAUUGUUUUUUACCAACUGACGUCCGACGGACGAUCUACUGAUUUUUCCCUUUCGUUUUCUAAACGCUCGAAUCAAUUCGAAACCCAGCUGCACGAUCAUCAUAACGAUUUAAUCGAGCUACAAUCGGUAACGACGACAUGUCGUGAAUAUGCGAUCUGGAGAUGGGCAGUAUUCUCGUCUAGAUACAAAUUUCGAAUAACGACGUUCAAAUAUAGACGUUCAUCUGUAACUGGUUGAAUGAAAAUCAGAAUCUGAGUAUAGGCAAAAUUCAACAACUCUUUUUCAAGAUUUAAAAAACAUAUUUUAAUGCAAGAUAAAGGGUUGGCUUAUAGGUCAAGUAUUGAACUUUAUAUGUAUCUUUUAUUCGUCGUCUGUUAUUCGAAAAUAAAACAUUGCCCAUCUCCUUCAACAGACGAUCCGUCUGAAAUCAUAUCGAAAUCUUUGAAACGAUGAAUGGUGUUAAUAAAUAUAUUUGUUCCUUUUCUCUCGGCGAUCCCCUGAUGAGAUUCCACGUGAUUCGUUGUUGGAACAUCACCGACCACGAGGCAUCCACGUUUCGCGUCGCGAAUAUCUGCAGGUACUGCAAUUCACCAAAAGACUGAGCGAUCUAAAUGUUCGACUAGUAGGUAACGAUUAAAUAAUUGAAAACUGAAUAGUUGUCCGCGACGCUGUCGCGGGUGUUUUUUAACCGAUCAACGCUUCGCCGGGGAAACUCCUUUUUUUUCCCAACGGCGUUUUUUCUCGUACAUUCCUAUUACGACGUAGGUUAAUUUAUGAUACAUACAUAUUAUAUAGUUACUGCGUCGAUGCGGUUUCACGGGUGUCCUCCUAGCGGCGAUCGGAUUGGCCCUUUUAAUGCUAUGUUUAUUAACGCACGCAGAAGAAUAUUCGGAACUGCUACUUGGAAACAAUUUGAGGAAACUUUGCAUAAAUGUUCAUUUGUCCAGGAUAAAAAUUAUGCUAUAUUUUGUUGCCGCUCCUUUUUAAUUUUGAAGGAACAAUCACGCUUUGUAGCGUGAGUAGCGCGUAGUCAAGCAUUUUAUUUACAUUUAUGUAUAAGUCUUUAACUAUAUUUACGUUAAUAUAAUUAAUACAAUUCUUAAACUAUAGAAGAUAUUGGUAAAUGAUUGAAAUAAAAUUUUAUUCUCGAUUUAUAAGAAGAAUCUUUAACAAAUGAAGAGAGAAUCAGACUUUUGUUUUGAAUAAUUUUUCCUUGAUAAUUUACAAGCCUCCAUAAGAAGUACAUUUUUUAUUUAAAACAGCAUAGUUGUAGUAAUAUACAGCAUAAUUCCUAGGUAGGACUAAUUAAUAUGUGUGCAAGGUUUCGUUAGAGUUUAUCUCAGAUAGUUAACAGUGUUCCCUUUUCGAUCAGUGAGUAGAGCAUGAACGUUGAAUAUGAAUUUCAAAGUGUAAACGAAGAUCCUACUCUCUGGGAAGAAUAUGUUAGCCACUCAAGGUCACUAGGCGAUUGUGCCCCCACCAUUGCAUCUGUCUCUUUUGUCUCUGUAUGUUGUAUUUAAGAGACAACAAGUGGUUAUUUAACAUAGUAUAGGAUACCUCGAAAAUUUCAUGUUUUUGGAUCUAACUAAACACUCAUGGACUCAGUAUCCACAAAUAUAAGGCACUGAAAAGAAAUGAAACUUGAGUUUAAAAAUUUGAAGUAAUAUUUAUCGAAUAAAAUAAUAUUUUAUUACAGGACAACAUAUUCUAUAAUUUACUAUCCAAUGUAAGUAGACAUUCUUUUAAAACUGUAAAACUAGAUCCAAAUAUGAUAUUUACGUCUUUUUUAAAUAAAUUUUUCCUUCUUUUUCUACUAAACUUUGCAAAAGUUUGCAAAUAAAGCCAAUGUUACAUACACCUACGCGCGUUAGCAAUGUUUAUAUGUAAAUUUGCGAGGGACCCUGUACAGACAUAUAAAUUUAUGAAGUGAUUUGUUAUCUACAGAAGUGACCUUGAGCGAUUAAUAAUAUCUGCAGCGAUUACAGCACCGAAAGGGUUGAUGAGUAGUCAGACGCCUGCCGUGGAACUCCAUCGGCGAUCGUGUCCCGCAGGUAUUUCCAUAUUACUAGUACAAUUUUGUGCCAAUAACAGAUCGAAUGUUAACUAAAGCGAGAGACCAGUAAUGAUAAUAUACAGAGUAUUCUCACAAGCAUACACGUACUGUUCACGUAUUUACACGUUCGUCCAGGAAAAAAUAUCUUUGUCUCGUAAGUUUAAGUGCGUGGAGUUUACUCACUUGGUUUGUACCCAGUGAGACGUUUCGUAAGGCAUUGUAAAUUGUGUGUCGCUUAACAGACGUGUGCGGGUACUCGAACAUGUAUAGUUAGGAUUAUGAAAGAUUUUUCCAUGAGUUCGUUCCAGAAAUGGAAUAAACAGAUUCAGGAAUAGAAGUAGAAAUCAGCGAUAGUGGGGGAAUCUUAUGUAGUAAAGAAGUUUUGGAAUAUCAACGCAAUUCGAGACAAAACACCCAGGUACGUGGAAGUUAUGGAUGUAUGAGACAUUUCAUAUGGAAGGGAAUACUCAGGAUUGCUAGUUUUCAUUGAUUGCUUUUUGAGUCGAGUCAAGGCUCGAGUUACUGACAUUUUUAGGUACUCUGGGAACUUGGUGUGCGACUUUCUAUUAGUCAUUUUCAAAUCUGUAUUGAGAUACAGGUACCUUAUGAUUUUUAUUUUCAAACCAAUAUUAAGGUCCAGGUACCUGACAUUGUUAAGUGCUCCAGAAACUCUAUAUAUCUGAAUUAUCUCGUAUUCAAAAAUAAGUACCUAGGUAAGGUACUAGGAACUAAACAACUAAAAUACUAGGACUCAGGUACCUACAUCUUCCAGAUACCUGCACACUAUUGAAUAAUUCACGUCCACUGACAAAAUAUCCUAUAUCAAUGAUACCUCGUUUCAAUAAACUUACAAUUCCGACAAAAAGAUAUUUCUUCCUCACGAGUGAUAUCAUAUCCACCGCCGUCACAUUUCCAAUGCGACGACACGUGCGUUACUCUGAUCUCCGAGGUCGGUGGCGUUCAGCCGAGGUCGGAGGACAUCGUCGCCUGGGUUUCGAAGCACCGAACAGUCUGACUCAUAUCCGACAAAUGCCGAACUGCCAAAUAAUAUAUUUCAAUCCCUCGAUAGCUCUUCUUUGCUCCCUUUACCGUUUAAGCUCCCCCAACCUCCCCUAACUUGUACAAAACGUAAAACGAAAGAAAGGGUGUAACAAUAACAAAAUAAUAAUAAUAAUAAAAAAAAAAAUGAAUAAAUAAAGCGCAAAGCGUGGCGCGUUGUAUACCUGCGUCGUGUUAGAGAAGCGAGAAACCUGUACCUUCGAGACGAUGUUUGGCAUCGUCUAGCUUUUAGUUUAAAGAAACGCGUUCGUCUUUUAAGUUUUGUGUACCAGAUGAUUAUAACCGGUGACAGGAGAAAGAUUUAUACGCGUAGCUGAUAUUCGGGAUCGUUGUGUCGUUUCCACCGCGAGUUUGCCGCGUUCAUUGGCGAAUCGACGACCUAGAAUUUUUUUUUAACAAUUCUGAGAAUCUUCCACGACUGCGUGGAUUUUAUUUAUGUAGAUUCACGAAUUUAGUAAAUUAUUUAUUUGGUAAAUGGUAGAAACGUUCGAGUAUUUCGUGAAAAAUGGAAUUAUGUAUACAGAGUGAGGAUUCGAAGCUUUGUACCUAAAAAUCAACGGAAACAUUUUAGAUGCAAAGCUUAGGUCACUCUGCAUAUUAAUCAGUUCAUAGUGUAGACUUUCUAUGCCGCUUUAAUCCUAAUUUUAAUUAGAAUAUUAUACUCGUUAUUUAUUCCUAUCCUGGAAAUCGUUACGCCACUGAACGCGUCUAUACGUUUUAGAAUGUUAACUGUAAUUUUUAAGAGUUUAAGCGCGCCGUCGGCGUCGUUGAAACGAUACAACCAUACUCGUGGCUUUUAGAAUUACGUUACGUAACCAUAUGAUACAUUAAUCAGCAAUCGCUAAAUAUUAGAUUCGCGAUACCGUUUUCUUUGAAAUAAUCGAAUUGUUUCGCGGUGAAUUAGCGUGUAUCUUGCGAACGUAGAUCUAUUCUUGCGCGCUUCUCUUUAUGUUGUGAUCCUUAACGCUUUUCCGUCCGCUGCCACCAACGUGAUUCUUUGGAAAAUUUAGAAAUUGGUACAACAUUGGUAACUUGAUGUCACGAUCCACUUCAGAGACUUCAUAUUUAUUUGAAUAUACUAUUUUAUAUCAAACAGGUGAUUAAAUCUAAAAUUGACGAUAUCACGUGUGGCGAAUGGGCGGAUGUGAAAGUGUUAAUAUGUUUAUUAUUACGUCAUCCCAUGAGUUCGUGCUACAGAAAUUCCUUUUGUUUAAUUAACAAAGUAGAGAAAUUUUAUAGUGACGAUAGAGUAACUUUGCCAGAAAAAUGAGAAAAGAUGAAUGGAAAGAGAGGGUGAUUACUAGACUGUGGAAAUAGCAAACCAAUCAUUCAAUUUAGACAAAUUUUUUCAACAAACAUAGGGUGCACGAAUACUUAUGUGACUGACUGAAAUCUAUAAAAAUAUGAAUUUAUUAUAUAAACAUCCAUAGUCUAGUUACUACAUUUUUUCAUAACUGUACUGUGAAUAUUUAUGCAUUUAUGGCAAAUGGAAAUAAUUAAAGAAAUCUAUGAAAAUGUGCACAAAUGCAAAAGGAUAUAAAAUAUUAACAAUAAUGUACAUGCUAGACUAUUUAGAAGAUAAAACAUUCAUUUAAAUUUCAAUUUUCUUUUUGUAUCUGUCAAGUUUCUGUAUUUUCAUAAACAUUUGCAGUUUAUUCAUUUCACUUAAAUGUUUGGCAUAGUAAUUUAAACAGGAGAACAAUAAAUGGCACGAGCUCGUGGGGUGACCUAACGAUUUUUAGCAGUUUCGUGUGAUAGCAAAUUUCUAUUCACGUGUCGUUCUAUUAAAUAAUUAUCUCCCAUUUCAAUUACCGCAGAUAAGACUCGAACAAUAUUUUGAGAUUUUUAACAUAUUAAGAGCACAAUUAUUCAAGACGAUUACGUAAAAUUUUCAUUUUGAGAUUCUUUAUACGUUCUUUCGAAACGUAUUACACGUCUUUCUCGUGCCUCGUCAAUUUUAUUUCUCUUUUCGUCUUUUAUAAUUUUUUUUUUUCGUUUGUGUGUGUGCGCGUGCAUUUUUUCUUUUAUUGGGAGCCAACAAAUGAAUAAUUUCCAACGAGAAAGAACGGAAAUACAUAAUGUUCGAACUGAUCAUGAACAAGUAACCAUGUUUCGUUACUUUAGCUGCGUUCCUUUUUUACGUGAAAGCGAGUACCUACCAUUAUUUUUAAUAACCAUAAUAUUCAAGCUAUCAUUAUUUUAUUAUUCGACCAUCGUCGUAGCUACAAUCUUUCUGUUUUUUCGUUUUCUUUCCCAAUGUAUUAUACCCUGUAUAUAACGGUGUAAAUGUUUAUCGACGAUUUACAUACGAUAGGACGAGCACUUGUAAUUUUCGUAACGACGGAUGGGUGGAUUGGUGGAUGGUGUUGUUUUUAGUUAUAUGUAUCGUAUGUUUGUAACAGGCACGUUGCGCUCCUAAUUUUUUUUUAUACGUAAUCGCUUCGUCAUCAUUUUAUACGUGCAGGUGUUGUGCUGAGCAGAAUGGCUCUAUAUAAAAGUGAAUCGAAUAUAGUUACUAUAGUUGGGUCGAAGGAAAAAUUAACUUGAUGACUUACGAAUUAGAAUUUUUUGCUCAAUUUGACGAAAUAUGUAAGAUUUGUGAUACACCUUAUAUUUUUUUAAAAUUAAUUUCAGCCUCAAUUAAUGUAUACUAAUGUAUUAUGAAAUCCUUUUCUGAAGUUUAGACUGUUUCUAACCAGGCAGGUAGUUAAACUGUUAAUUUUAUACUAUAAACUUACUUUAUAUACUUACCAUAUAAACUUAUAAAUAUACUUUAAACUAUAUAAUUUUUACUAAAAUGAGAAAUCGAAGGCCUUCCAUGUCGACUUCUUCUUCAACCCAACGAUGGAUGGUCGAUUGUAGAUAAUAAACGAAAGUGCAUUUUCGUGCAAGAAAGCCUAAAUUGAAAAAUCACUUUCAUCAACUUUGGUCAUUUUCGUAGUGUCCAUGCUUUGUACAAUUUUUAUACUGUCUACAAUUUCUACACGCCUAUAACUCUUUUUCCUCUUAGAUUUUAUAGUCGAUGUUCUUCCACUUUAUACUAUUGUAUUUUGAAACUGGCAACAAAUUAAUUUAUAUAAGUAUAAAUUUUAGAAAUGUUAUGGCGGCCACUUACUGUAGCUGAUUUUUUCAUUAAUCAGAUUGUGAUUAAUGAAAUGAACUGAUUUUGCCUAACUGUCGUAUAAAAUUCGUCUUUAACUACGUUUUGUAAUUAAGAUCAAUAUUCUUUUGAUAAAUUCAACUCUACUCGUUAAAAUAAAACUCAAGGCACUAAGAUAAAUUUCAUUACACAACGAUAUAAACUUUGCUGAUUUGCAGCAGUUUUCAUCAGCAAAAGCUACAAUCGACCAAUUUUUAAAAUUGACAAAAUAAUUAACCGAUUCUCUGCUAAGAUCUUGCCCAUAUUGGACAUUAGAGAACACCAAAUCGAUGGCCUUAUCAGAUUUCUCGUAAUCGAUAGCAACAUAUUCGAUCAGCGACACUUUCACGAUACAUUCUGUACUUUAUCCCUACCUUAGUUGACAAAAUUUAAUUUUCGAAAGUAAAAUAACAAUAAUGUCAUCAACUUUAGCAAAGAAACGCGGCGAUUCAUUUAGUCGACCAUUAAUUAUCUACUGUCAUUUUACGAAGCGUGCCUGACGGUGUGGGUGAAUCUUAAUACUGUUAAUAGAUAUACGUACCUAAUGUUAUUAAUUAUUAACAUUUGAUUUGUAAUUGUCAGGGCCACGGAAUGCCUGAAGCUCGACCUAUGCGAGUGGUGUCUGAGGAGACCCUUUCUCAACAUUGAGCGAUAUCUUUUUUACAACCUCUUAAACAACAGAACAUUUUCUAAAUGACCGUUGGGUUGGGUUUGAAUUCUCGUCAGGGCUCUCGUGGGAUUCGAGCAUCACGCAUUGCGUGUCCAAACGGACCCUACUAAUAAACGCCAUAGUGGUCUGAGAAGUAAUUGGCUCGAAUAAAUUAAAUUUACUUUAACAAUCA